AGAGCUACCCAAAGGGUUACCAAAAGCAUCUCCCUGAAGAGUCUCCCAGGCUGAGAGGAUUCUGGGUGUCCUAGGACUAAGGACUUUGGCAGAUGUUCCGAAGGGCCCUCAGAAGUCCUAACCUCUCCAACCAAAGCAUGCAUCUAAGCUGAGCCCCUGCCCCAAGCUUUGAUGACAGGAAAUCAAAUUUCUCUCAGCCAUGUACUUCCGAGUGUUCUGCUGAGGAACGAUGGGAGGUCAACCCAGCAGAGGGAAAACCCUGCCAAGCCCCAGCUCGAGCCCCUCUGUCCAAGAACCGGGCCCUGUGCCCAUGCAAGCAGAGAGAAGCAGGGCCACAGCUGUGGCCCUGGGCACCUUCCCGGUAGGCGAGCACACGGAGCUGUCACUGAGCCUGGGGGAUCCACUGACCAUCAUCUCUGAAGAUGGAGACUGGUGGACGGUGGUAUCAGACGCUUCAGGCACAGAAUACAGCAUUCCCAACAGUCUCGUGGCCAAAAUCUCCCACAGGUGGCUGUAUGAGGGCCUGAGCCGGGAGAAAGCUGAGGAACUGCUGUUGCUGCCUGGAAACUCUGGAGGCGCCUUCCUCAUCCGGGAGAGCCAGACCAGGAGAGGUUGUUACUCCCUGUCAGUCCGCCUUAGCCGCCCUGCAUCGUGGGACCGGAUCAGACACUACAGGAUCCAUCGCCUUGAUAAUGGCUGGCUGUAUAUCUCACCACGCCUCACCUUCCCAUCACUCCAGGCCCUAGUGGAUCACUAUUCUGGAACCCUGUACCCUGCGGAGGGCUGGCCCACAGCCUGGCAAGUCCAUACCCCGACCUGUGACUGUGCAGAGAGCGCCACUCAAUUGGAAAGAGCUGGACAGCUCCCUCCUGUUCUCUGAAGCACCUACCCUAGGGGAGUACCCUCUCCUCAGUGAGGGGCUCCGGGAGGC